AACGGAGCCCGUGAUUCAGCGCCGCCUCUCGGCCGUCUGCAGAUCGCGUCUGCUCCACAAUUUCUUCUGAAGCGAAGCCCCGCCUCUGACCAUCGCAAAUCUGUGUAUGUGAGAGAUGAGCAGGAGAGAAAGCCGUCCGGACCGUGUGCAUGAGAAGUGAGGUCCUCGACCAUCGCAGUCCAGCUUGAGCGUCGGUUCGGUGAUGGCCGCGGCUGUGGAGAGAGGAGGGGUCCGAUCCGCCUUCAUGAACCCGGGUGUCGGUGCACCCACUCCCGCUCCCGCCGCCGCUGCUGCGCCCGGGGGAUCAGCCAUGGCCGGAGCUGGGGGCUCGGGCUCGGGUGCGGCGGGUUUGAGUCCCAUCAUGCCUGUGCCUAUGAAUUUAUUUGCAACGUGGGAGAUUGACCGCUCAUCUCCGAGCUGUGUUCCGAGGUUGUGCAGUCUGACGCUGAAGAAGCUGAUCGUACUGAAAGAGCUGGACCGCGAACUCAGUUCUGUUGUUAUCGCUGUCAAGAUACAGGGGUCCAAACGCAUCCUGAGGUCGAAUGAGUACAUGCUCCCACCCAGCGGCCUGAUGGAAACAGACCUGGAGCUCACCUUUUCCCUGCAGUAUCCACAUUUCCUGAAGAGAGAUGCCAACCGGCUGCAGAUCAUGCUUCAAAGGAGGAAACGCUAUAAAAACAGAACUAUUCUGGGCUACAAGACGCUGGCUGUUGGUGUUAUUAAUAUGGCUGAGGUGAUGCAGCACCCGACAGAUGGAGGCCAGAUUUUAGGUCUCCAUAGUAACGAGAAGGAAGCACCGUUGCGUGCAGCGGAACUCAGUGUUUACUCACUGUCAAGUCAACCUAUUGACCCAGAAGACGGCAGUGGUCAGCCAGAGACAAAGGCCAAAGCUUCAGACCGUUCUCCAGAUAUGGAUAACUAUUCUGAAGAUGACGAUGAUAGUUACUCAUCAGAGCAAGAGGCGAGUGAUGACGCUGUUCAAGGCCAGGACCUUUAUGACGAGGAUGAUGAUGUUCAGCGGAAGCCGAAAAAAUCUAGGAGGAAAAUGAUUAGAACCAUAUCUAUGACCCGGCAACCCAAUUUCAAGCAGAAGUUUGUUGCUCUCCUGAAGAGAUUCAAAGUAUCUGAUGAGGUCUUGGACUCAGACCCAGUUGAUCAGACGCAGGAGGUUGAAGAUUUGGAUCUUCUGUAUGACAGUCUGGAGGUUUAUAACCAGAUCGACAGUGGCCCAGAGAUGGAGGACAACGAGAGUCUUCUCAGCACUCCCAAACCCAAAUUAAAGCCGUUCUUUGAGGGAAUGUCUCACUCCAGCUCACAGACGGAGAUCGGCAGUUUGCACAGUCAGAAGAGCCAGCCGAGAGAGCCCACCUCCACUGGUGGCGAUCUGUUAACAGUGGAUAAGAACAGGGUAAUGGGUGGCAGAAAUCCGGAUGACCCUACAGUGGUGGACUCGGCAGCUGGGGAGCUGGUGGAGGACGAGGUGGGCGGCGGCGUGGCAUCAUGUGAAGCCAGCAUGAGCUGGGACGUGAGUGCAGAGAAAUUAGCAGGAACGGUGGGCAAACUCUGCAAGGCUGAGUCGCAGACUCUCAUGUCGCCUAGUAAAACAGACAGUAAGCUGCAGCGACGUCCGCGAAGCACAUCCAUGAAAGACAGACAGAACUCCAAAGCUCAGAGCGAUCGCACCAGCAGCAUCGAGAGCGAGACCUCGCCAGACUCCAGGCUCAUCACGCAGGUUUGUGUCCCGAGGAAAUCAGUGUAUGAUCAACUCAACCAGAUCCUGAACUCUGACGAACAUCUGCCGGAGAAUAUCAUUCUCAUUAACACUACAGACUGGCAGGGACAGUAUUUGAAUGAGAUUCUUCAGGAGCACAAGCAGCCUAUUGUGUCCACCGUCUCCCCCGCAGAUGUUCAGGCCGCCUUCAACACCAUCGUCACCAGGAUUCAACGAUUCUGCAACUGCAAUGCACAAACACCACCCACCAUUAAAGUGGCAGUGGCGGGCGAUCAGAGUUACCUCAGCUCGGUCCUUCGCUGCUUUGUGGAGCAGCUCGCCAACAAGACACCCGAUUGGUUGAGCUACAUUCGGUUUCUAGUCAUUCCUGUUGGUUGUCAUCCACUGGCUAAGUACAUCUCAACAUUUGACAGCAAGUUCAGUAACAUCUUCAUGGACACCGGAUGGAGGGACGUGUUCGGGAGGCUAGAAGCUCCUAAUUCAGAUAAUAUUGAUGUGGCCGGUCGUGUCUCGCAAUAUCUGUCUGGAGCCAAUCUCUCCCACCAGUUCCCUAUUUCUGAAGCAAUGCUCACCUAUAAACAAAAAAGGAAGAGAAGUUUGUAUUUUGAUUUUUACAUCAGCCCUGACGAAGACUCCUGCCAGAAGUUUGUCCCAUUCAUUGGGUUGGUGAAAGUGGGAAUUGUGGAGCACAGCUUAUCUACAUCAGUGGACUCUGAUGACGCAGUGAUGGUGGGCAGUGUGAACAUGCUCUCCUCACCUCCAGCACAGACGGCAACACCGUACGGGAAAGACAUGACCUCCACCCCUCCGUCAUCCCCCUCCGUUUCUGCCAGUCUCUCUGGAGCAGGUUCUCCAGGCACCGGUGGGGAGGUGAUGGGUCUUCAGGUGGACUACUGGACGCUACAGGGUGCAGAGAGGAAGAAAGAAGGUGAGAAGAGAGACGUGUUAAUUAAGAACACACUGAAGAGCAACUUCCGCUCGCUGCAGGUUUCGCGAAUCCCCAACGGAGGGGAGCCUACACCCCCUCCUGGAAUGGCCAUGACCGUUGUCAUGAAGGAGAAGAACAAAAAAGUGAUUUUCCUGAGCAAGAAGCUGAAAGAGAAGGAUGUGGACUCUAAGAGUCAGGUGAUAGACAGCAUCAGCAGACUCAUCUGCACCGCUAAACACCAGCACACCAUGCUGAAGGUGUCCAUCGAUGGCGUCGAAUGGCACGACGUGAAGUUUUUCCAGCUGGCCGCACAGUGGCCGACUCACGUGAAACACUUCCCUGUAGGAAUCUUUGGCUACAGCAAGCCAAUGUGACCUGUUGUUGCUUCUUCAGUGCGAGGGGAAUUUACAGAUGGGGAUAAAAUAGACAAAUGUGACCCUGGAGCACAAAACCUUAAGUUUUAAGUCACUGGGGUAUAUUUGUAGC